AUGGAGGAUUUGUUUAGCAAUUUGCCAGAUGAAGUUCUAAGUAGCAUAGUUUCUUUUCUGCCAAAUGAAUCAGCCCUAGAAACCAGUCUCAUAUGUACUAGGUGGAGAGACUUGUGGAACCAAGUCCUCGUUGAACAUGGAACCACACAAGAUGUAGCUGGCGUUGUUGCUGGAUUUCUGGCUCGUUUUGAAGAGCUUGAUCCACUAAAAUAUCCCCGCAAGCUUCAAUUUCACAUUGCUGAAGACACUGCACUCUUUGCAUCCAUUGCAACCAACAACAAGCUUCUUCUUGAUUUCCCUGGUGGGAACAAACACCUUGAGAGGAAUUAUGAACUGCAGUUCGUGCUCAACAAGGAUCACAUCACACACCGCACUUUUCCCCCCAUUUUCUUAGUCAAAACACUCUAUUUGAAAUCAGUGAGUCACUUGACUAGUUUGGUGGCUUCCUCUAUCGUUUCAAUUUUGGAGCAUCUUGAGAAGUUGGUGAUUGUUGAGUGCACCGGGUUGCAGUCUUUAUGCAUCGAGUCUGAAUCAAAGCUUUACAAGUUAACCGUAUUAGACUGUCCCCAGUUGAAGUUUCUUCAUCUUAGAACUUCUAAGCUUAAAAAUUUCAGAUAUGGUGGCCUUCUUCCAAGGAUUUGGCCAGAAUCUCAUUUCAACCUGAGGCAUGCCAUACUUGAUUUCAGACAAGGACCAAGCUGUGCUGACUUGAAUUCUCAAGAUUUCAAUCAAACACUGUUAACAAUAAAGAAUUGUGAAAUUCUAACUUUAUGUGAGUGGACUUUUGAGGCAUUGAUAUGGCCAUCGAUUUCCCCAAGUGGGAACUUCAUAUUCUAUAAGAUACGAGAGCUAUGGUGGAUUCACAAUCACAAGGGUGAAAAUAGCAUCAAUGCCUUAGUCUCCUUUUUGAAAUUAUGCCCUGCCUUGGAGCAACUAUUUGUGACGGUACAUGCCAUUUUGGAAUUAAUCAAUUCUCUUGUUCUGCUAUAG